AUAUAUGCGCUCCCGCCCCCGCGAAAACCUGCCGUUUCUUUCCCGCCAAUACCAAAAACCGACCCAUUUUCCCCAAUAAUAUAAAAGCUAUGCUUCUUCCACUAAAUUCAUUUUCCAAUUACACACCCAUUUCGCCAUUCUUCUCUUCACUGUUAAAUUAAUCAACCACUAAUUAUCAAUGGACGACGAUUUGCAUUUCCUCGAUCAGAAUAAACUCCCAGAACUCAAGCUCGAUGCAAAGCAGGCUCAAGGGUUUCUUUCAUUCUUCAAAACCCUGCCUCAGGAUUCUCGGGCCGUGCGGUUUUUCGAUCGUCGGGAUUAUUUUACUGCCCAUGGAGAAAAUGCAUCUUUUGUCGCAAAAACUUAUUACCACACUACCACAGCCCUAAGACAAUUAGGGAGUGGUUCUGAUGGCCUAUCCAGUGUAACUAUAAGUAAAAGCAUGUUCGAAACAAUUGCUCGUGAUUUACUUUUAGAAAGGACAGACCACACAAUUGAGCUAUACGAGGGUAGUGGUUCUAAUUGGAAACUUGUGAAGAGCGGAAGUCCUGGAAACUUAGGAAUUUUUGAAGAUAUUUUAUUUGCAAAUAAUGAAAUGCAAGAUUCUCCUGCAACGGUUGCAUUGUUACCAAACUUCAGGGAAAAUGGUUGCACUGUUGGAUUGGGUUACAUUGACCUUACUAAGAGAGUGUUUGGGUUGGCUGAGUUUCUAGAUGAUAGCCACUUCACAAAUGUGGAAUCAACUUUGAUUGGGCUUGGUUGCAGGGAAUGCCUUCUCCCAGUGGAUGUUGUCAGGUCUACUGAAGGAAAAGGGUUGGUUGAUGCAUUAUCAAGAUGUGGUGUGAUGGUAACUGAGAGGAAAAAAUCUGAUUUUAAGGCAAGAGAUCUGGUGCCAGAUCUUGGAAGGCUCGUCAAAGGUUCGAUUGAGCCAGUUCGUGAUCUUGUUUUAGGACUUGAAAUAGCCCCUGCUGCUUUGGGCGCUUUAUUAUCUUAUGCAGAAUUGCUUUCAGAUGAAAGCAAUUAUGGAAAUUUUGCUAUUAAGCCUUAUAAUCUUGACAGUUGCAUGAGGCUAGACUCUGCUGCUAUGAGAGCAUUAAAUGUUAUGGAGAGCAGAAACGAUGCUAACAAAAAUUUUAGCUUGUUUGGUCUGAUGAAUAGAACUUGUACUGCUGGAAUGGGGAAACGGUUGCUUCAUAUGUGGCUGAAGCAACCUUUAUUAGAUGUGAAUGAAAUAAAUGCUCGGCUGGAUUUGGUACAAGCUUUUGUUGAGGAUAUAGAACUUCGUCAGGAUCUUAGACAACAUUUGAAAAGAAUAUCUGAUAUUGAACGACUAACACGUAAUCUUCAGAAGAAAAGAGCUGGUUUGCAAAAUGUUGUAAAGCUUUAUCAGUCAAGCAUUAGACUUCCAUACAUUUUAAGUGCACUGGGAAGGUAUGAAGGACAGUUCUCAGCAUUAAUGAAGGAAAGAUUCUCGGAUCCCCUUGGAAUCUGUAGUGAUGAUGAUCAUUUAAACAAAUUUGUGGCCCUUGUUGAGACUUCUGUUGACCUUGACCAACUUGAGAAUGGUGAAUACAUGAUAUCCUCUGGUUAUGAUUCAAGGCUCCUUGAACUGAAAGAGGAACAAGAGUCGCUUGAUUCCCAAAUAGAUAGUCUUCAUAUAAAAACUGCCAAUGAUCUUGAUCUCAGUGCUGACAAGGUUCUAAAGCUAGAGAAGGGUACACAAUUUGGACAUGUUUUUAGAAUAACAAAGAAGGAAGAACCAAAAAUCAGGAAAAAGCUUACUACACAGUUUGUUGUUCUUGAAACACGGAAGGAUGGUGUCAAAUUUACAAAUUCAAAACUCAAAAAUUUAGGGGAUCAGUAUCAAAGGGUUCUCGAGGAAUAUAAAAACUGCCAAAAGGAAUUAGUACAGCGAGUGGUUCAGACUGCUGCUACAUUUUCUGAGGUAUUCGAGUCUUUAGCUUCAUUACUAGCUGAACUGGAUGUGUUGCUUGGUUUUGCUGAUUUGGCAGCAAGUUGUCCUACUCCCUAUACAAGACCAGAUAUAACUCCAUCUGAUGUUGGAGAUAUCAUAUUAGAAGGCAGUAGACAUCCCUGUGUUGAGGCACAGGACUGGGUGAAUUUCAUACCGAAUGACUGUAAGCUUGUCCGAGGACAAAGCUGGUUCCAAAUUAUCACUGGGCCCAACAUGGGUGGAAAAUCCACUUUCAUCAGACAGGUUGGUGUAAAUAUUUUAAUGGCACAAGUUGGAUCAUAUGUUCCUUGUGACAACGCCAUAAUUUCUGUUCGUGAUUGCAUAUUUGCCCGUGUAGGUGCUGGUGACUGCCAAUUGCGAGGAGUGUCCACUUUUAUGCAAGAAAUGCUUGAGACUGCAUCAAUUUUGAAGGGAGCCACUGAUAAGUCACUGAUAAUUAUUGAUGAGUUGGGCCGAGGGACAUCUACUUAUGAUGGAUUUGGCCUAGCUUGGGCAAUUUGUGAGCACAUUGUUGAUGUCAUCAAGGCACCUACUUUAUUUGCUACCCACUUUCAUGAACUCACGACAUUAGCCCAUGAUAACAGAGGGGCUGGACCUUCCAAUAAAAAGAGUGCUGGUAUAGCAAAUUACCACGUCAGUGCACACAUAGAUUCAUCAAGCCGCAAGUUGACUAUGCUCUACAAGGUUGAAGAGGGGGCUUGUGAUCAAAGUUUUGGCAUUCAUGUUGCAGAAUUUGCCAAUUUUCCAGAAACAGUAGUAUCUCUUGCAAGAGAAAAAGCUGCUGAGUUGGAAGAUUUCUCUCCUGCCACAAAAAAUGCUGAUGAUCUUUCAAAAGAGGUGGGACAGAAGCGGAAAAGGGAGUUUGAUCCCGAUGCUGUCUCUGAGGGUGCAGCAAGGGCUCACCAAUUCUUGAAAGAGUUUGCUGAGAUUCCAUUAGAGACAAUGGAUUUGGAGAAAGCAUUGGAGCAUGUGAAUAAAAUGAAGAGUGACUUGGAGAAGGAUUCAGAAAACUGUCAGUGGUUGAAGCAGUUUCUUUAGUUCCCUGCUACAAGUGUUCUCAGCAUCUCCAGAAUUUUGUUCAUAUCUGGGUAGCUGUAGAUUAGAAUUAGCAGCUGAUCUUAAUAUAGGAUGGAUAGGGUAACCUUACACGCUCUUCCCACCUUUGGAGCAUCAGAUACAGUCCAGUCAGGCCAGAAAAAUGUUUGUUUUUCGAGAUGCUCCUAUUUUUUGCCGACAAUGCAGGUGGGAAUAUGAGAAUGUAAUGAGGUUUUAUUGACAUUCAUGUAUGUUUCAUGAUAAUUUGCCUUUGUAGAUGAUGGAAUGGCAUAAUGAAUCUUGAAGCUCCUAAGAUGUAAAUGAUGCAACUGCUCUUUAUGUUGUAAGAAAAUGGUGUUCAUUGAUCUUA